GCCUCGCGGUGCACGAGGCUGGGAGGGGCUCGCUGCCACUUGUAACUCGUGUUCAUGUCAUGCCAGCAAUCCAGAAAGAAAAGGAUAAUCCGCCCCACCUGCUAGGUUGACUGGAGAGGCACUUACUUGUUCGUUCCUCUGAUAGUACGAUCGCAACCCGCUCUCAGUCGUCGCCCACACGCCUGCGCUGCCAGAGCGAGUUACUUACUGCGCGUCGUCUCUAGUUAGCACGAGCAGGCUGUCUUGCUCUCUCCUCAGUCGAUCUCGUGUGUUGCUGGGUGGAGUGUUGGCGCUCCUUCCUCCGACCCCCCACACCACGUGCCGCUGCCACCCCGCACCGAGGCAGACCCAGCCAGUAGAGUGCAGCGAGUCCCGCCCUCACCACGCACGGCCAGGCGGCGCCGACGAUGGGCACGAGUGACACAGUGGCCGAGAAGUCAUGUAAACACUCAGACCUUGUAUAGUCAUCCUCCCUCCAGGAAAUGAAGGAAUAGACUCUUGUAAAAUAGACGUGAGUGUUAAAAGUAGAAGAGGCGUGGAGGCGAGGGCACAGGACACACAAAUAAUUCAUUAGAGCACAGGGCGUGAUGGGGAGACUGGAGUGGCUGGCGGUGGCUGUGCUGGUGGCAGGAGUGGCCGCGGCAACGACCACAGACUCGGAGCUGGAGCCUGGCAUGCGCCAUGUGUGCGAGUACCAGCGAGAGGAGAUUCAACGCAAGCGAGUCCCCACUGUGCGACCCUACAGCAUCCAAGUGAAGGUCCUCAAGCCUGACUGCACUCCCUCACCCACUGAGGACUGCCUAGGCUACGAGAGGCGGACAAAAUACCGCACCCUGUAUAGAACCAAGAGUGAGGUGCGGACCAGGAGUGUCUACGCCUGCUGCCCGGGAUGGACCAAACAGAACAAGACAGCAGGGAGGCUCGUCAGGAAGAAGGGCGGCCGCCACCACCGCCACGGCUCCAUCGUGAAGGGCGGGGGACGAGGGUGCAUCGUGAGGGUAGAGACGCCCCUGGAUGAACUGCAUGCAGAGGUGACCCACGCUGGGGAGGUGUACCGCCUAGUGAACAGCUCUGAGCCACCCGCUAACGAGACCAGCGACCCUUUCUACACCGGCGAGCUCUACAACUUCUACAAGCUCGUGUACGGCGACAACGACAGUUACACUACGCCCCUGGAGGAGGAGGAGGAGGAGGAGGAGGAGGAGGAGGAGGAUAUAUUAGAGGAGGAGGACGAAGAUUUAUUAAAAGAGGAAGACGACGAGGAAGAGGAGUUGGAAGAGGAAAACGAAUACCAACAAGAAAUAGAUGAAGAGACGGAAGUAGAAGAGAGGGAGGAAGAAGCAGAAGAGGAGGAGGAAGAAAUAAGCGAAGAGGAAGAUGUGGAAGAAGAGGAAGAGGCGACUGUAAACGAGAGUGCUGAGAGCGUAGAUUAUGACUAUCCUAACGAUGACGCGGAGGCAGCCACCCUCUUGGAGCCGCCGCCGCCACCCUCCCCCACCACGCGCCAUCACAAUUUUCGCCACAAAACGCCAAUGUUCCAAGAUGCCAACGGCCCCGUGCACGGCCACCGCCACCACCACCGCCGCGGCCACCGCCACCGCCACCAUCGCCGCGCCUGGCCGUCUGCUCGCCAUGGGGACAGCAGCGAAGCCGGCGCCACGCCCGCCAGCCACACGCGCCGCCUUCACCGACGGCCCGCACCCUUCAAUGAUACCGAGUUUGCAGCCUACAGCAGGACCAUCAUUGUCACCGACUCCAACGGCAGGAGAGGCGGCAGAAGGAGGGGCACCCAGGAGCAGGUGGCCCGCCAGGAAGUGUUCACGAGGCCCUUCCGCCUCACGGCUGGUGGGUGUGGCCAGCGCGGGUGCUUCAACAGAGGGCGGUGCAUCGAGGGCCAGUGCAAAUGUUCCCGCGGAUUCUAUGGACAAAGAUGCCAGUACGACCGCAAUGAGUGUCUUGUGAACCAGGGCGGGUGUGACCACUCCUGCAGGAACACCAUUGGCUCCUACAGGUGUUGCUGCCGCCGAGGUUUCAAGCUCCAGGCAGACCGUCACUCCUGCGGUGAUGUGAAUGAAUGCGAGGUGAACAACGGCGAAUGUUCACACGAAUGUCUCAACACUCAGGGAUCUUACCUGUGUCGCUGCCCGGCCGGCCGAUACCUCCUGCCCGAUGGAAGGAAGUGUACAGGCACAGACACCUGCAAGGCGAGGAACGGCGGCUGUCACCACAUCUGUCACGACGACGACGACGGCAGUGUAACCUGUUCCUGCCGCCAGGGGUACAGGCUGGCCCGUGACCGCCGCACCUGCCUGGCGGACGACCCGUGUGAGGUGAACAAUGGCGGGUGUCAGGACCAGUGCCGGGAUGACAGGGGUCGUGCCCAAUGCUCCUGCCGUCCAGGAUUCACCUUGGCAGACGACCAAGUGUCUUGCGUGGAUGAGGAUGAGUGCCAGCGGCCUGGCAUCUGCAGUCAGCAGUGCCAUAACACGUGGGGAUCCUACCAGUGCCUCUGUGACUCCGGCUACCAGCUUGGUACUGACCAGACCUCCUGCUACAUGAUCGAUAUGGAGGUGAUAAACUACUGCCUCGAGAACAACGGUGGGUGUCAACACAUGUGCGAGCACGGCCCCUACGGUCCCGUCUGUUCCUGCCACCAAGGAUACCAACUCAAGGCCGACGACCGAUCCUGCGAGGACGAGGACGAGUGCGCAGCGGCGAGCCACGACUGCCAGCAGGAGUGCAUCAACACGGAGGGCAGCUACGCCUGCGCCUGCACCUCUGGCUUCACGCUCAACGAGGACUCCCACACCUGCACAGAUGUGGACGAGUGUGCCAUGGAGAACGGAGGGUGUGAGCAGGACUGCACCAACACACCGGGCUCCUUUGUGUGUUCCUGCCGCCAGGGUUACGUCCUCGUCGACCGCACCGACUGUGAUAUGUCCCUGGAUGACAGUGACCAGAGUCCCUUCGUGCUGUUUGAGGGACCGACGGAGGCGAGCAAGGUGGUGCCGACAGCGAUCUGGAUUCCCAACGACGCGACCUUUGUCGAGAAUGAGCAGGUCAAUUUUGCUACGAUCUUGACGCGCUGUGUUGCUGGAUUCUUUGGACCAAACUGCUCGCUCACGUGCGCUGACUGUCCCUUUGAGUGUGGCGAGGAAGGCUGCGUGUGUCCCCAAGGCAAGACAGGACCCACGUGCGCUCUGCCAUGUCCCGCCGGUACCUUUGGCUUCAACUGCACAGAGGAAUGUCAGUGCAAGAAUGGCGGCACCUGUGAGCCUGUGUCCGGGAACUGCACGUGUCCUCCCGGCGUGACGGGCGAUCAGUGCGAGGAUGGCUGUCCUGCAGGGUACUACGGCGAGCAGUGUGAGCGGCGGUGCCCCGUGACGUGUGCCAACAUGAGAUGCAACAGACUCUUCGGCUUCUGUGAAUGUGAUCCGGGUCGCUUCGGCUCAUCCUGCAACCUGCCUUGCCCUGAUUUCACGUGGGGCGCCAACUGCCGCCACCAAUGCCGCUGUGACACCAGGACCACCGCGCGCUGCCACCCUGAGAGCGGCGUGUGCGAGUGUGUGCCGGGCUACGUGGGGCCAGACUGCUCGGAAGAGUGCUCGCCAGGGAAAUGGGGGACCGGCUGCCUGCAUGAGUGUCAGUGUGCCAACGGGGACGCGUGCCAUCCCGCAACAGGCGUAUGCAUCAAGGACUGUCCGCCGGGCUUCACGGGACCAGACUGUGAAGAGCGGUGCGAGGCGGGCCACUACGGACCUGGCUGUAUGAAGAUCUGCAUGUGUGGCGGCAUGCGGCCCUGCGACCCCAUCACCGGGGAGUGCCUCUGUCCCCCUGGCACGCACGGCCCCAGCUGCCUCCAGGUGUGCGCCCCUGGACGAUGGGGGGAGAGCUGCUUGCAGGAGUGCCAAUGUGAGAACGGUGCCUCGUGUGAUCGCGUUAGUGGGAAGUGCCACUGUCUGCCGGGAUAUGUCGGUCCCGCAUGCGAGACUAAGUGUCCCUCAGGAAGGUUCGGUGUAGGCUGCCGCGAAACCUGCAGCUGUCUCAAUGGCGCCACCUGUCACCACAUCACCGGCAGGUGCGAGUGCGUGCCAGGUUUCACGGGAGCAGGCUGCAGUCAGCCCUGUCCGUUGGGACGCUUCGGGCAGGACUGCGUGCACAUGUGUGACUGCAACAGCGGCCGCUGCGACCGAGUGACGGGCGAGUGCACGUGUCCGCCCGGCUGGCGAGGACCUCAGUGCCAGCUCCCAUGCGACGCGGGGCGGUACGGGGCCGGGUGCGCCAUGAACUGCAGCUGCGCCAACGGUGCUAAGUGUGACCACAUCUCCGGCGCCUGCAUGUGCCAGCCAGGGUGGCUUGGCACUUUCUGUUCCCGGCCUUGUCCCGAGGGUUACUGGGGCCCCGAGUGCCGCCACAGGUGUGGGUGUGGAACUGGCGCCACUUGUGACCCUGCAAUAGGUGCCUGCUUGUGCCCACCCGGCAAGUAUGGUCUCCACUGUUCCAAGGUGUGUCCGAUCGACCGAUGGGGCACCGACUGCCAGAACAACUGUCUCUGCUACAAUGGUGGCUCCUGCGACCGAGUGUCCGGCGCCUGCGUGUGUCCCCCGGGUUACACCGGUACCAUGUGUCAGGACAGGUGUCCUGAAGAAACAUACGGUUUCGGGUGUCAGCACAGCUGUCUAUGUCAGCACGGGGGCACGUGCCAGCACGACACAGGAGCGUGCCUGUGUUCUCCAGGUUAUGCUGGGGCCUUCUGUGAAACAACUUCCGUGUUGGGGCCCAUCAGUGAAGGGUCGGGCGCCUGUGUCACAGAUGACCACUGCCAGCACGGCGGCCGCUGCAAUGCCGCCUCGGGCACGUGUGAGUGUGCCCCUGGUUGGCGCGGCCACCUUUGUCAUAAACCUUGUCAUCAAGGGUUCUGGGGAGAAGAGUGUCAGGAGGCGUGUUCCUGUGAGCAUGGAAGUCAAUGCCACCACAUUACUGGGGAGUGCAAAUGUCCCCCGGGAUUCAACGGUGACAAGUGCCAGUUUGUGUGUCCUGUGGGUUCCUACGGCAGUGGGUGCGAGUCCUCCUGUCAGUGUGAACUUGGGCAGCCCUGUGACCACGUGACGGGCUCCUGUAUCUGUCCUCCAGGCCGCCAGGGUCACCAAUGUCACGAGUUCUGCUCCGAUGGCCACUGGGGGGACGAAUGCCGCGAGAAGUGCCAGUGUGAAGGCUCCUCGCUGUGUGACCCUGUGUCCGGCGACUGCUUCUGCCCCGCGGGUCUCCGGGGUCGCAAGUGUCGCUGGAACUGCCUGAAGGGGAGGUACGGCGUGGACUGCAAGCAGAAGUGUAAGUGCAGUAAUGGCGGCACGUGUGACCCUGUGAGCGGACAGUGCCAGUGCAAAGACGGCUACUACGGCCCCACCUGCUCCCUGCCCUGCCCUCCCGGCACCUUCGGCCCGGGCUGUAACGAGACUUGUGACUGCGAGCACGGUGGCGUGUGCACGGCGGAAGGGGAGUGCAAAUGCCAGGCUGGCUACACAGGUGCCCGCUGCCAGGCUGCAUGCCCCGCCAACACCUGGGGCGUCGGCUGUGCCCACACUUGCAGCUGCAAAAACGACGCCUAUUGCCACCCAGCGACGGGAGAGUGUCAGUGUGGCCUUGGAUGGACGGGGCCAGACUGCAGCCAGGCUUGCCCCUCUGGCCGCUAUGGACCCAACUGCCUUCUGGACUGUGCCUGUCACCACAACGUGUCCUGUGAUCGCUUCUCGGGCUGCUGUCAGUGUGGCGCCGGCCACUAUGGCCGCUUCUGUGAGCUAGACUGUCCGAAGGGUUUCUACGGGGCGUCCUGUAUGGGCGUCUGCGACUGUCAGAACGGCGCCACGUGUGAUCACAAGACGGGCCAGUGCCGCUGCUCCCCGGGAUACACCGGGGAGAGGUGCAGCGAGACAUGUGCCCCAGGGAGGUUUGGGCCGCAGUGCCAGAAGGACUGUGAGUGUGGGCAGUACCCGUGCCACCACCACACCGGGGAGUGCCUCUGCCCUGCUGGUCUCCAUGGGAAGAACUGUGAUACACCGUGUGGCACUGGAAGGUACGGGCCCGGGUGCCGCGAGGCGUGCCAGUGUCUCCACGGGGGAAGCUGCCACCCUGUGAGCGGCCACUGCUCGUGUGCUCCGGGAUGGUUGGGCCCCACCUGCAGCCGGAAAGACAAUGAGUGGAUCUCCUUCUUGGCCAGUCAACACCGAGGAAGAGCGGACAUCCCGGUGGAAUUUAGCUGAUUUCUCGCUGGUCCCGCUGCCAGGAGAAGAGUAUGAUAACGAGGUAGUGUUUGUGACGAAAAGAAGUGGAAAGAAAUGCAGGAAAAGACUUGUUAUGAUGAACAGAGAUACUCAAGUUAAUAAGUGUAAGAAAAGACUUGUAAUAAAAAAACUAAGGACGAAGAGGCUAUAACGGAAUGUAGUGUCCAGCGAGUGUUCCAUCCGCCUUGCCUGAACAGCGUGUUGGUGGUGGUGGUGCCGCUGCCCGCUCUGCCGCCACUAAACAUGAACACACUGUUAAUUGUGCGACAGCCCUGACACGAAAUAAAUAAUCCAUUACUUUAAUUGCUAUUUCAUAAGAGACCAAGGAUAUGAAGAUUCAUCUCUAGUGCCGUUAAAGCCACCAUGGCGGAGACACUGUGGCCGCGAGACUGCAGUCUGCCUUAGUUUUGUGAAGUCAGCGUGAAGGCAACUUAAUUUUAGUCACUUAGUAAAAUGUUGCACUUUAAGUUCAGCCACAGAAUCAUAAAAUAGUAAUAGAGGAGUUUUUCGUACAAAUGAACUUUUUAAAUCUAGAAAGGAAGAUCAAGCAGACUGAAGCAGACGAGGACUCAACGCCGCGCCAACCUGUGCCAUGCCAUGCCACGCCGCGCCACGCCGUGCCCCGCCACGGACUCCUUGUGGAAAAUCAAAUAUUGACAAACAUUCUGAAAACACUGCAUUGCAGUAGCACUCUAACACAUUUUCCCCAGAGAAUCAUUUCAGUUGAACCAAACAUUUCUUGUUCCUCUUUGUUUAACUUUUGGUCCUGCAGUGGUGCGAGUGUGUCUGUCAGCCUUGAUGCUCUGAUUCUGAUGUAUUUUGUGUAUGCAGAAAGGGUCAAACUAAUGUAAAUGAUAGAUAACCAUAUACAUUUUAAGAUAAUUAGGUCAGAGUGUUCGUUAUGUUAUACGUAGAAUAAGUGUUGUUUCACUGCUUCGGAUAAGUGUUACCAGAUUUAUUGUUGAUUUGCAUUGUACUGUAAUAAUAGUUGGUUUCUUUCUACUGCAUAGUCACUGACAUGUUCAAACACUCACGUCUUUACUUCACCGCCAUCAGUAAUUGUCAUUAUAGAGACGCCUGUGAACCUCAAAGUUAAAUAUAUAUGACUUUUUUUU